AUGUAUUCUCCCAAGGUCGGUGACAGCCUUGAUAGCCUUGAUACGCCAUCCAUGAUUGCAGACCUCGAUCUCAUGGAAGCAAACAUUAAGAAGCUCAUGGACAAGCUACUACCAACUGGACUCAACAUCCGUCCUCAUCUUAAAACAACGAAGAGCGCCAUUUUAGCUGGAAAGCUGGUGAAAGCCGGUGCUAAGGGAGGCUGCGUGGCCAAAGUCAGCGAAGCCGAAGUAAUUGCUGCAGCUGGCUUCGACGACUUGCUCAUUACAUGCGAAAUUGUCGGCCCUGCUAAAGUCAAGAGACUAGUGGAAUUGUUCCGCAAAUACCCUAAGAUAAGAAUUGUGGUUGACAGCGAAACCGGUGCAUCAGCCAUCAACGAUGCCUUGGCAAGCUCAGGUAUUGCAGACCCAAUCACGACGCUUAUUGAUCUCGACGUUGGGCUUCACCGCACUGGUGUUUCCCCAGGCGAACCUGCCCUUGCUCUGGCUCGACAUGUCGGUGGUUUGAAGCACCUGAAACUCAUUGGUGUUCAAGGCUAUGAAGGUCAUUUGCAGCAUUUGCAUGACAAAGAGGACCGCAAAAGUCAGUGCUUGGAGUCUAUGCAGAUCCUAACAAGUACUGCGGACUCCCUGCGGAAGGCAGGCUUCAGCAUUGAAGUAGUCACCACAGGAGGGACUGGGACGGCUGAGUUUUGUGCCACGGUUCCUGGCGUCACUGAGCUUCAGCCUGGUUCAUUCAUCUUCAUGGACACGGAUUACCGAAACGCCGUCGGCACCUUCUACUCAAACAGUCUCACAAUCCUGUCAACGGUUGUGAGCAAGCAAGGGCCCCGAGCGGUGACGAUCGAUAGUGGAUUGAAGUCUUUGACGACGGACAGUGGGCUGGCAGAGUGCAAGGAUCCGAGAUAUGUCUAUGGAGUUCUUGGUGAUGAGCAUGGUUCUCUUAUGUGGGAGGAGGGUACGCCAGACCUCUCGGUCGGUGAUCGUGUUGAAAUGAUUCCGAGCCAUAUCGACCCCACUGUCAACCUGCAUGACUUCUAUUAUGCUUACCGCCAGGGCGUCAUUGAAGAGAUUUGGCCAGUUGAUUCAAGGGGAAAGGUUCAAUAA